UUCUCACUCAUUUUCCUUCAGCUCGUCAGUUUCAAACCAGAGACCAUGGCUCAAACCUCUUGUAACAAUGGCGAAACUGAUGAGGUUUUGGUGGAGGAGCGCGGAAGUGUUAGAACAUUCAUAUUAAAUAGGCCAAAGCAGUUGAAUGCACUUUCUUUUCAAAUGAUAUCUCGGCUUACGGAACUUUUCUAUGCGAGUGAAGAAGAUUCUAAUGUGAAGAUGAUAAUAUUAAAGGGACACGGAAGGGCUUUUUGUGCCGGUGGUGAUCUUUCAACUCCUUUUCAUAUUAUUCGCCAGGGUAACUGGCAACUUGGUGCUAAUUAUCUCCGAGAGCAGUACACCUUGAUUUAUAUGAUUGCAACAUAUAGAAAACCCCAGGUUUCCAUCCUUAAUGGAAUUGUCAUGGGAGGUGGAGCUGGUGUUUCUAUACAUGGUAGAUUUCGAGUUGCGACAGAAAAGUCGGUAUUCGCUAUGCCUGAAACAGCUAUGGGACUCUUUCCUGAUGUAGGUUCCUCUUACUUUUUAUCAAGACUUCCAGGAUUCUUUGGGGAAUAUGCUGGUCUUACUGGUUCUAGGUUUGAUGGAGCUGAAAUGCUUGCUUGUGGUCUUGCAACCCACUUUGUAUCAUCGGAUAAAUUGCCACUCUUAGAACAAGAACUAGUUAAAGUCAACACGAGUGACCCAGAUGCUAUAUCUGCUAUCAUAAGUCGCUUCUCCCACAUACCAAAGUUGAAAGAAGGAAGUCCUUACCACAAGAUGAAGAUUAUUGAUCGAUGUUUCUCUCGAAGGACAAUUGAAGAAAUCAUAUCAACUCUUGAAAAUGAGGCUUUGGACAAGAAGGAGGAGGACUGGAUCUCUUCAACCAUUCAGUUGCUGAAGAAAGCAUCCCCUACAAGUCUUAAAAUUUCCUUGAGAUUAAUAAGAGAAGGGAGGCUGCAAGGUGUUGAUAUUUGCCUUGUCUGUGAGUAUAGGAUAUUUUGUCAUGUGUUGAGGGGAGAAUUUAACAAGGAUAUUCUUGAGGGAUUCAGGGCCAUACUCAUAGAAAAGGAUAGAAAUCCUAAGUGGGAUCCCUCCAGAGUGGAACUAGUUAGAGAUAUUGAUAUUGAUCGUUACUACACCAAGAUAGAUGAUGAAGACUGGGAAGACCUAAAGCUGCCUCCAAGAUCAUACUUGCCUCCAUAUGCAAUUGCCAAGCUUUGAAAUUCACUUCUGAAGAUCUUGCAAUACUCUACAGCAUGUUGCCCUCUGUUCACUAGAUCAUUAUGAAGGUGUCAAUGAUUAUAAAAAUAGUAAUAAUUUUAUUGCAAAAUGGUACACCAAAUAAAUGCACAUCAAUCAUUCCAUUGAAUUGAGAUCUCAAACCUCAAGCACAAGGGUUGAUUGUACAAUACUAAAUAAUACUUUGCCAUAUAUUUCUGUAUUCGGAGAUAAUGUAUCAAUCUUAAUUUAUUGCAAUGCAAGAACCUGCUACUAGUCUUGCUCUGAA